AUGCUUUUCUCAUGGAUUACAGUAAAACAAAGCCUUAAGGAUGUGGGUUUUCAAGCUGUGGAUGUGUUCACCACUGGUAAAAGGGAUGGAUUCAGAAGAACAAUCCUUCUCCUCCUCAUCUGUAGCAUCUCCAGCCUCCUGCUCAGCUCCUUGCUCCUCCUGUACCUCCUCUUCGCUCUGGACUAUGAGCUAGCAGUGGCUGGGGGGAUUGCCGCCUGCUUUGGGACACUGCUGACUGUUGCCCUCUUCCUAUCAAAGAGAGUAAGGUGUUUAGGGACUCUUUUUGUUAUAUCCAUUUUCAUGAAAAAGAGUAGGAACUUGCUGUUAACUGCUGGAACCAGUUUAGUGGUUCUUAAGAACAUCCGUAACACUCUGGAGAACCUCUCGCUGCUGGUCAGGAGUAUGAUUUGCAACCUGAAGGCAAAAAAAGCCUCCAUCAUUGCUCCAUUUACUAACUAUGUUCAGAUGUUGAAGUGGAUCGGAGACAUGCUCAAAGGGGUUACAAACCUGGGAGUAGUGAGACUUGACUCCCAGCUCAACGUCUCUCCAAGACUGGAAUCAGAAGAAUUCAGGCAGAGGCUCGCAGGAGCAGAGCAGAAGCUCAACGAGACUGUUAAAUAUGCACAGGCCCUGAUGAAUACAGUGAGCUCAGUGACCGACAGGAUGUUUCCUGCCAUCAGCUUCCUCGUGCUCAUGAUGUUUAUAGGAUUGCACAUAAAAAAAUACUGCAGAGACAUGAAAUACAAAAAUAGGUUUAUCAGCAGCAAGUUUGUUCAUUUUGAUGAGAAGCAGAAGGCGGAAGGAAAAUCCCACGUCCUUCCCCUCACGGCAGAGGAGGAGCAGCUGUACACCUUCAUUCCCUCCGCCCGUCCCACAACAAGAGAAGGGAAAGCUAUGGUGAAAUUUGGAAUUCCAGUUGUCUCCCACUUUGUAGCUUGGGUCAUAUUCAUAACUGUGGACGCCUUGCUGUACUGUUUUGUUGACAUUGUUACAACAAGGUUAUCAGAGCUGGAGCCAUUCCAUGUCCCUUUGUUAAUGAGCAUCAAAGGGAUUGCAACUUUAAUUGGAAUGCCUCUUGGACAGGAAAAUCAUGAAAAAGACUUUUCCUACUCUGUGACUCUGUUUGAGAAGCAGUGCCUCCCCAAACCCAAGUUGUUGCUAUAUAGUUCUGUAAUUCCACUGACUGCCAUCCUGCUCACCCUGCUUGUUAUGGCUCUGAUGGCAACCAAAGUCUCCCAGCUAAGGUUGAUGGUCUGUGAACAGUUCUUCCCCUCUGCUGCAGAGGAGAGAGUGGAGUACCUCCACGGCAAAAUCCUGAGGAAAAGAUUCAAAAUGAGAAAGGAGAAAAAUGACUGCAGCCUCAGGUCAUUUAUUACCAAGCCAUAUUUCUGGUUCCCGCUACUGUUUCAUCCCAAAGAGGAUCCACAAAGUAUCCUGUGA